AUGUUAUAUUUCAAUAAAUUUGGUUUAUACAUAGUCAUUUUUCAAUAUUUUUAUUUAUUCAUAAUAUGUGUUGAUUAUGAUACCUAUUUUCAUAUUUAUACAAAAGCAAAUCUGAAUACCGCUUUAACAUUAGAAUGGUCCGACACAACAUGGAAUAAUUAUAAACAAUUGCGUACUUGUAAAAUAAAAUUAAUAGCCCAUGGGUAUGCUGAACGAUGGAAUAUGGACUUUCGAUGGGAUUGGGUUAAAGGAAUUAAAGAUGAAGUAUUAAAAUAUGAAAAAGAAGAUUACUGUGUAGUAGCCAUUGAUUGGGAAAGAGGAGCACGAGAAAUAAAUUAUAUUACGGCAAUCGGUAAUGCUGAUACAGCUGGUAGACACUUAGCAACGUUCAUCAACGAUAACAAGAUUGAUAUUGAAAAAAUACAUUGUAUCGGUUUUAGUUUGGGAGCUCAUACGUGCGCAUUUGCAAGCAAUCAUUACACAUUAAUAACUGGAAAAAAGUUUGCCAGAAUAACAGGUCUAGAUCCAGCUGGACCUUUAUUAAGACAAGUAUCUGUCGAUAAACGUUUAAGUUUGGAUGAUGCCGACUUUGUUGAUUGUAUCCAUACAUCAGAAACAUUUGGACUACAAGAAAAGAGUGGACAUAUGGAUUUUCUUCCGGAUGGUGGUGAUUCGAAUGCUGAAGCAUGUAAAAAAUUACCAAAAAUUGGAAAUGAUGAUAAUGAUGAACAACUAUUUGAACUAGUUAAAAAUGGUGAUAAAACAGAAUUACGACCAGUUAGUAAACGUACAAUUCUCAAACAUGAUAUACGAUCAUUGAACAAACGUUUUUUAUUUAAAUCAAAAACGACAACUCUUGAAACACCCAUAGUAAUUGAUAUUGAUUUGAAAGAUUUAGAAAGAGAAAAUUUACCAGAAAAAAAUUUUAUAGAAAUAAUUAGAGAUAAAAUUGGUAUUAUUUCACCAAUAAAAGAUGUAUUUGUUAAAAUUCAUGGUUUUGUUGGAUGUAAUCAUUUACGUGCACCACGUUAUUUUAUAUCAUCGAUUAAUAGUUGUGAUUUUCGUGCAACAAUGUGUGAUUCAUGGUCAAACUAUAUUAACAAACGUUGUAAUGAUACAUUUCAACAAAAAUAUUUAAAUGAUAAUACUUAUCCACGAAUGGGUUUUCAUGCUGAUAAAAGUAAUAUAUACUAUCGUAAACAAAAUGCAAAAUAUUAUUUAAGAACUAUUGAAAAUCCACCAUACUGUGAUAAUAGUUCAUUACAAACAAAAAAGACAAGAACAGUGGAUAAAAGAAUAAACUUUGGAAAAAAAAUUAAAAAAAAAUUAUCAAAACUUCUAGAAAAAAAAAAAUAUCCAAAACUAUUCUAA